GACAGAGGUAUUUAUAGCGGCCUCAAGAGAACGCACAAUAACACAAAAACUUAAAAGCUACAUAUGUAUGUAUGUAUGUAUGUAGGAAUGUGUUUUUGAACUGAAUCCCGUAAAAGACAAUGAACAAUUUUUGAACACCAGCGACAAAUUCAUACACUCUCCUUAUAUGAUUUGACAUGAUUCUGAUGUAUCCGUGGUACAGUUGACCAAUAUCAGUAUUUAUUUAAUGUCCCAUCUAACAGUAUCGAGCAUCGGUAAAAUUCGAAAUCUAUAACAAAACAGUUUCGAUAAGGUUUCAACUUAGUUACUUUGAGUUUCGUAAUAUUUCCGCUGUAGUUAAAUCACUGUGCUUGGCUGAUGAAACUAAGAAUUAAUGCCAUAAUUCUGCCUUGUCUGUAUUGUUACGCCUAAAAGCAAACCACUGAUCUCUUGAACAAGCACUUUUUAGGAAAAGAACUUUACAUAUCUUUGGCAACAUAAAAACCAGACCAAACAAAGCUGUUUGAGAUGCAUACAUACAUAUAUAUGUAUGUAUGUAACUCUUUACCUCUUUCAUGACCAAAGGAAACGACAGUAACAACAAUAGUGGGGACAACGAUCGCGGCGGCACUCAACAAGUUGGCUUUUCUAAUUUUAACAUCGUACACAUUUUCGUUUUCCGUUGAGAAAAGCAAAACGAUUCCUGAGCACUAAAUGCCAAGCUAAAAUAUAUGAGAACACCGUAAUACAAAGCUGUGAACGAAUAUGUUAUAGCUGAAUCAGUCGAAGAAGCAAUCACAAUUGCGAUCGAGAUGAGAACAUGCACUCGCUCAGUAGCUUGGCAGUGACAAAAAAAGUAUUUAAAUACAUUGUAGAUAUGUGUGUAUAUACAUAUGUACAAUAUGUAUGUUUAUUAAAGAUUCAGUUGCCUUGGUGGGACGUCCAUCUAAGGUGGAUUUUCGGAAAAUUCUUUAAUCAUAUUAGUUGCGUUUUGGAUGUCACCAUGAUCACGCGUGUGUAAGCUUUUGCUGAAUGUCUGCCGAUAACAGAUACAUCAUUAAGGGAAGCAAACCAAAAGGAAACGGAAAAGGAAAUUGCUGCGAGUCAAAGCUGUUGAUAGCAUGCAUGAGGGCUCGUCCGAUGACUUCGAUUUAUUGAAUGGCGUAAACUCCACUUACGAAAAAGGCAUGUGUCUAGCCAUCCAUCGAGUGACCCCGAACACAUCGUCUAUUGUGCCGGGGGGUCAACAACCAAUGCCGGCAACUGAAAAUUACGCCAAUAAUUAUAUCGCCAGUGUAGUACCUACAACUGUUCUCAAUAGCAUUAAAAUCGCGGACGCUGGUUCUACUGAUUUAUUUCCAACUCAUCCCACAACAUGGCAACAACAUCCAAUGAAUCGUCAGGAACUCGCACAUCAUCGAUUGCAAAACCACCAACAUAGCCACCAGCAUCGACAUGUUGAUCGGCACCAACAUCGUUUAGAUUUAAUCACUAGCAAAAUAUUAUUGCAAAGCUCCGAUGACCCUCUAAUAUGUCGUGGGGCCAACAGUGUUGUGGGUGGGGAUGAUGAUCACCCACUGAUCGUAGCAGCAUCUCAAAAUGCUGAAAAUAAUCUAAAUGAUCAGGGAGGCACUAUUCAAACGAAUUCCUCUUCAUCCGUUUCAUCAAAAGCUAAUUUGCGCCCCCUGCCGUCUAUGGGAAAAUCCACGCAGCUAUCCGUGAAGGUGCCACUAAACGGAUGUAGCUCAUUGACGAAGCAACAACUUAAAGUUAAGGCCGGUCUAAUGAGUGCUCAGAACCGUGCAGCCAACGAGCUUAAGAGAAGCAUCCAGCAAACUCACAGUACGGCUAGUGACUUGCAGAAAAAUCAUAAAUCGAAUGACCCGAAGCUUACCAAAAAUAAGGGUGUUUUAAAACUGCGUUUCCAUCAUCAAGCUUUGCCGCCCGAGUAUUUAAGUCACUAUGAAGCUACACAAGCCAAGUUUUCCCGGCGCGAUAAAGAUAUAAAAGCUACUACGUCAGAAGAUAUUCCCAAAGCUAAAACCUUUCAUCCUUCCAAAUUGCCGCCACCGAAGAGUUCACACGAAAAUGUUCGUAGCUGGUUGCAAAAGAUUGCUGCGAUCCAUCGAUCGGCUCAGCAGUCGGAGAGCAAGCAAGGCGAAGAGGUAGUUGGUCAGCAACAAAAGAAAUCGAAAAACGAUAGCAAUAACAAUUAUCAGGCCAGCCGGAUGCAAACGUCAAGCCUAGAACUGCCGGAUGAGUCCGUCGUAAGAAAUGAGCCACAUGCCACAUCAAAGCAGGUUUACAAUACUGAAAAAUUUGAGCGGGUGAAAUCUUCCAGAUGUAAAUUUGUGCCAAAUCCUGUGGUUAAGGUCUCACCUCCAGUUUUGUCAGAUGUCCCCAAAAAAGUUAUUAACUACGCGGACCUGCCGUAUAUGGGCGAAAUAACUCUUGAUCAUUCGAAGCCACGACGUGGACGAAAGCCAAAAAAGGCAGACAUAUGUCAUCUUAUAUACAAAAAUUAUGGAACCAUAUUCCCUGGCACGCCCAAAAGCGUACUUACCACACCGCAUGCAACAAUCGGGUGUGGUCAAAGACCACCAGAAUCCGAAAUUUUUGAUGAACUGCCAUUAAAUCUUUGCAUGCGGGAUCAACUAUGUGACCACUUGUCGAUCUCAAGCGAAGAUAGUGAUUGUGUAAGCGACCCGUCGGAUGGCAACUCACCUAGCAAGGAACUAAUCGAAAGUGUGAAAUUACUUAAAACAGAUUUAGAUAGCCUUUUAGAUCUGAAAUCGAAUUCAGUUAAAGUCGAACCAAAAGAUGAAACUCGCAAUUCAGAUCCUACAAGCCUAUCUUUGACAAACUUACAAUCGCCCAAAUCAGCAGAACAUAAUGUACUGCUGCAUCCUGUGAGUCUGUAUUACCAAAAAUUGCUCUCUGGCACCUUAGUGAACCAACAUAGUCAACCAUUUGGUCUACCUGUUGAGACCAUAGAAAAAGACAAUCAACUAACGCUUAAAAUACCUAUACCAAAUGGUUUGCUGCAAACGCCCAAGUCAGAGAAGCUUACUCCGCUUCUAAACGUUGACAAUCCAAUGAUCGAUUAUCCUGAUCUCUUGUCCACGCCAUCAUCGAUUAAAUCGGAAAACUCGAAUAUGACAACAACCACAGCAGUGAGUGCCACAACUGCUACUACAAUGAAUCCUAGUCAUCAACAAAUCACACCGCCGAAACGUAAACGAUCUGCUAUUUUUAUACCACCCAUUCCAUCUGAAAACGCAACAAAUCCAGCCACAGAAGUGAGCAUAUGUAAAUUUAAAUUCACAGGCGGUGCUAAGCCCACUUUAGAGGAAAAGAAAAUGCUCUCUGUCGAUUCGGGUGGUAACUACAGAUACUACAGUGGCACGGGUGAUAAAUCGACACGGGGUUAUGAAUUUUUUCCUCGUGAAAGCCUUCAGAAUUCUGCUGGUUUCUUGCCGGGCGUAAAUUGUGCGGCGACGUUUUCGCACGCGGCUAGCGAGUGCUUAACAAGUGACAUACCGCCACCCUCAGCAGAUCUCAGUAACGAAAUUCUGCAAAUUCCUGAAUCGCCGACUGCGACGUUGUUACCAGGCUCUGUAACACUGCCAGAGCCUUCAUCACCAUCGCCCUUAUCCAGGCCAAUUUCUUCAUUUUCUGGCUCUCCAGCAUUGGCAACACAACAGAAGUCACAUAACCUUCAAACAACACUGAGUUCAAAGAGCGGGAACGUUAUGUCUACCGGAAGUGUUUCUUCCAGAAUUAUUCUCGCCAAGGACCAUUUCACGAAUGCUCUCUUUGAACCAUCUAGCUCAUAUCAUUCAAUACAGAGAAAAAAGAAAUCUAGACGAUCAUCUCAACGUGAGAAACUAGAAAGAACGUUUAAGGAAAAAGGAUUUCUCAUCCAAACGCAGCAACUCGAAUCGGCUGAGGGUGCAACAUAUUGCAAGUUUCGCCAGUUGAAAAAGUUCACACGCUAUUUAUUUCGCAAUUGGAAAGACUACCUACCAGAGGAGGUGCAUCGAGCAAAUGCGGCAGAGAAUGUGGAGGUGAUGCACCAACCCAUCACUGAAGAAGAUGUCAAAAACGAAGCAAAUACACAACACAAUUUCACUGAGCAACUCGGCGUCGAAAGUUUACUGCAACGUCAUGGGUUUUUGGUAACUAGUAGAGUAUGUCCACAAAAUGCGGACCGACCGAGUGCAAUUAGUAGCGUGGUUGAGAAUGUUGUACUCGAGCAAAACUCAUUGGAUAAUACUGUGCAAGCAUAGUUAAAGAGCUUAUAAAUGACUGAACAAAAUAGUUUUGCUUAUUAGAUGUGGAUAAGAAUAUUUCAAUCGAAUAAAUAACACUGCCAAAGAUUGAUUAGAAAUUAAGCGUCCCCUAUAAAUUAAAUAAUAAUUUACAUAUCUAUUUUAUAUUUGUUAUUUUGUUAAUAUUUAUAGUCAUAAACAAGAAAAAUAUAUACAUAUGUAUCUAGGUUAUUGUAAAAAGUUUAUAAAACUAAACUAGUCAAUGAAACGCUUUAAUAUCUGUAUAAAAUUUUGUUGAAAAUCCCAGUUGAAUGCGAAUUUGCAACACAUGCAUACGUAUGUGUGUGUGUGUAUAGAUUUUGAGGCAAAUAUUGCAAUCAGAUUUCCAACAAAUGGCUUGGAGCGCUAAGUACUACAUACAUACAUAUAAUGAAUGCAUACUUAAAACAAUGCUCAACAUUUAUUUGAAAUAUAUGUAUGUACUAUAUGUAUUUUAUGCCAAUAGGGGUUUUCUCUGAGUCUUGCAA